GUGUCACUUUAGGAGUUCUAAAGGUCUCCUUUCGGAGCCUUGUGUUGAAAAACACAGGAAGAGCAUCACUAUUAUUUCCUCUUUUCCUUAUGGCAAUUCAGAGGUAGAGAGCAGGAUCUGGGGCUGAUGCAAUCCACGGCACCACACCUUGUUCAGUGUUACUGAAUUCAAGCCUCCUCUAAUUCUCCCCAAUCCAGAUCCUUGCCUGUCAUGUCAGACGAUGUCGAGAAGAACGAGACUCCUCCAGAGCGAGAGGCAAAGCAAGAUGAAGGAGAGAAUCAACAGCAAGAGCCGGAGCCAAAAGCUGAGCCGGAGCCAAAGGAAGAGCAGCAGCCACAGCUAGAAUCCCCACCCCGUAGCCCCCCGGCACCAGAGGCUCCUCCAUCUUCGAUGCUAGUGACCGUCACCAUCGAAGAGGAGACUGGGGGGGGACCACAACUGAACGGGGAUCCCCUGGGGAUGAGGGCCGGCUCAGCUGAGGAAUUAGGAACCACCCCGGCCCCUCCUGGCAGCCCCCCGGCACGGUCCAAGUCGGCAUCGCUGAAUGACCUGAAGCCCCAGAACAGCGUCAAUGGAGGCCCGCGGCCAGUUGCGAGGGGCAGUUUGACCGGGUCUCAGGUGCAUCUUGCAGGCAGAGUAGCAUCUCCGCGGGCCAGUCUGAGUCGGCAGGCCUCAGCAACUGGAUCAGCAGCUGGGGAGGCUGGGGUGAAACCCAGAGACUACAUAUUCAUGGCUACUCUGUCCUGUUUUUGCCCCAUCUGGCCGAUCAACAUUGUGGCCUUCGUGUACUCAGUCAUGUCCCGUAACAGCUUCCAGCAGGGAGACAUCGAUGGAGCUCGGCGCUUGGGACGGGUAGCAAAGCUGCUGAGUGUUGUAGCCCUGGUCGGGGGCUUGCUCAUCAUUGUGGCCUCUUGUGCCAUCAAUUUUGGAGUGUUUCAGUGAAGGUGGCU